AUGGUUCUAUGCAUGUUAGGAUCUGGUAAAUCUUCCAUUGUGUGUGCAGUAUGUCUAGGAUUAGCAGGUUCUCCGAGUGUUUUGGGUAGAGCUAAGCAAAUCAAAGAUUUUAUCAAGCAUGGCCAAAUGGAAGCUAUUGUAGAAAUUACCCUAUUCAAUCCACCACCAAAUACCGUUAUUAAAUCAGUUUUUAAGCAAAAUAGCGAUAUGCAAGGCAGUACUAGUAACUGGUUCAUAAAUGGAACACAAAGUUCUAAAAAAAAGGUUGCAGAAUUAGUUAAAUCUUUCAACAUUCAAGUGGAUAAUCUUUGCCAAUUUCUACCUCAAAUCAAUCCAGAGUUAUAUCAAAAACAUCAAAAAUUAUUAAAUUUUCGAUCUGGAGAAGACAAUCAUAUGAAAGAAAUUAACAAAAGGGAAGAACAUUUAAAAGAUCUUGAAAGUAAAAAUCAAGUGUUGCAUCAAAGAGUGCAAAGAUAUCGAGAACGCGAAAAGCAUCAAGAUAAACUUCGACUACUUAAAAUAAAACGCUGUUGGGUGGAAUAUAACAACCAACGAAUGAAAUAUUUCCACAGUAAGAAAGAGUUACAGAAACUAGAGGAUGAAUUAAAAGAAUUACGAGAAUCUCACACGCCUCAGAUAAAUGCUAUAGAUAAGCUGAGAGAAAAGCGUACUAAUUUAAAAUCCAAAGUCGACAAACAGUCGACGGAUAUAAAGAAUGACCAGAACAAGAUUCGAGCUUGUAAAAGCGAUAAUUAUAAACUUAUUAAGAAGGCUGAAAAUUUAAGGAAUGAUUUCAAACUCAAAGUGGCACAGGAACAAGAAAGAGCAACAAGAUAUUGCUUGGCUUUGUUUUUAUAUGAAGAUAUUGAAACAGAUCUCAAUAAAGCCAAUGAUGUCAAGACAGCAAGAUUAGAUAUUGUGAGGGGAUAUUCAAAGGAUACCUAUCAGGCGGCAAAAUGGCUAAAUGAGAAUAAGAAUGAGCGCCAAUUUAAGAAUCCUACUGAAAUUUGGGGUCCUAUCGCAGUUGAGAUCAAUGUAAGAGAUCAACGUUAUGCAAAAUAUGUGGAGAACCAUAUAGCUUUACGCGAUAUGAUGGCAUUCGUCUUCUCUAAUAGUGAUGAUUCGAAGACGUUCCUUCAGGAGAUUGUAAGUGACUUGAAAAUAGACAACUUUUAUGCCGCAGAUUCUCAUCAUGUUUCUCGGCGAUCGAGAUAUGGCCAAAGAGAAAUUUCAACCCGAAUUACAGCUAUCAGAGAUGCAAAGUACCUUAAUAACAAUGUGGAUACAAAACAAGUCGAAACUUUGAAUAAGAAAAGAUCUAAAUUGCAAGAGCAAGUCAGAUCUGUACAGUCUGAAACUGCAAAAAUUAAGGAAGAUCUGAAACCAAUUGAGGCAGAGAUUGCAACAAUAAAUGAUAGCAAAAAAAUGGUGGAAAAUAAGAAGUCUAGAAUAGUUGUUUCAGAAACUAAAAUUAAUGGAUAUCGGAAAAGUAUUGAACAAGAAGAAGCUGUCUACUUUGAUAAAGACGAAGAAGAAAAGAAACUAUUUAAAAAUUUAAAAAAUAUAGACAAAGAGAAAUUAGAAGUAACUAAAAGAAUGGCGAGUAUUGUAGAGCAAUACGUUGACCGCGUCAAAGAGAAUGUCAUAGACCUGGUCAAAUUGUUAGACAUUAACCGAGAAUAUGAAUACUAUUCGGAAAUAUUGGCUAGGGCCGAAAAAGAAGCUGAAAAUGUCAUUGAGCAAAGAGCUAGGAAAAUGAGGGAGACCCAAGUGCUAAAGGAUGCUGCUAAAAAUGCAUUAAAUGUUGCCAAGAAAGAAAGUAACGUUGGACAGAAAGAAAAUCUACCAAGGGAACUACAGGAACGAUUGUCAUUGGAGCCAGAUGAUAUCGAAGAGAUUAAUGAAAAGAUUCAGGCAGAGAAAUCGAAAUUGCAAUUAAAUACUCAAGAUGAUGCAUCUGUAACUGCCGGCAUUUAUUUUUAUGUUUUUGUUGUUGAUGAAUAUGAGAAGAAUAAUUCCGCUAUAACGGCGCUCACUGAUGAGAUUUCAAAGAUGAAAGGAAAGAUCUGCGCUGAAAAGUAUAAAGUAAAAGAAUGCAUUGAUAGCUGGACUACAGGUAUUAAGCAUAUGACUGCCGGUAUAGAUCAGAAAUUUCAACAUUUCUUUAACAAGUUAAAUUGUGUUGGAGAAAUAAAAUUGCGUACAAAUAAGGAUGAAGAUUUUUCUAAGUUUGCCAUCGAAAUUUGGGUUAAGUUUCGUUCGACCGACAAAGUUCAGUUACUAGAUAGUCAUUUACAAAGUGGUGGAGAGCGGAGUGUUGCUACCAUAAUCUACUUAAUUUCCCUUCAAGAGUUUACUAUUUGUCCGUUUAGAAUUGUCGAUGAAAUUAAUCAGGGUAUGGAUCCACAAAAUGAAAAAAGGAUAUUCGAGUUUGUUCUAGAAGUAUCAUCCAAUUCUAAAGUAUCUCAAUAUUUACUUAUUACGCCUAAGUUGUUACCAAAUCUAUGCUAUGAUGGUAAAUUGACGGCGUUAUUCAUUUACAAUGGUCCGAAUAUGUUGGAUCAGCAACAAUGGAAUUUAAAGCGUUUCAUUGGUAAAAAGCACAUCGAGGGAAAAAAAUGA